GCAGGUGGGCGCUCUGUGUGAGGAGCUGUUGGUUUCCGGAGCCGCUAUCUGGCAGCUUAGUCUCCUCUCUCUGGGCUUGUCUGUUUCCGGCUGCCAGUUACACCCCGGUGCCGACCCCUUGUUUUUCCAGUAGGUAUCCCAAGAGAACACGCAAACAUGACAGAUUCAAAGUAUUUCACCACAAACAAGAAAGGGGAGAUCUUCGAGUUGAAAGCAGAAUUGAAUAAUGAGAAGAAGGAAAAGCGCAAGGAAGCUGUGAAGAAGGUCAUUGCCGCCAUGACUGUUGGCAAAGAUGUGAGUUCUUUGUUUCCAGACGUGGUGAAUUGUAUGCAGACUGACAACCUGGAACUGAAGAAGCUUGUGUACCUCUACCUAAUGAACUAUGCCAAGAGCCAGCCAGACAUGGCUAUAAUGGCCGUCAACAGCUUUGUCAAGGAUUGUGAAGACCCUAACCCUUUAAUUCGAGCUUUGGCUGUUCGUACUAUGGGAUGCAUUCGUGUAGACAAGAUCACAGAGUACCUCUGCGAGCCACUGCGUAAGUGCCUAAAGGAUGAAGAUCCAUAUGUGCGCAAGACAGCAGCUGUAUGUGUGGCCAAGCUUCAUGACAUCAAUGCGCAGAUGGUAGAAGAUCAGGGCUUCUUGGACUCAUUGCGGGAUCUGAUAGCAGACUCUAACCCAAUGGUGGUAGCCAAUGCUGUGGCUGCACUAUCUGAGAUCAGUGAGUCCCAUCCGAAUAGUAACCUCCUUGACCUGAAUCCACAAAAUAUCAACAAACUGCUGACUGCGUUGAACGAAUGCACAGAGUGGGGCCAAAUCUUCAUUUUGGACUGUCUCUCUAACUACAAUCCCAAGGAUGAGAGGGAGGCACAAAGCAUCUGUGAACGUGUCACUCCUCGCCUGUCACAUGCCAACUCGGCAGUAGUUCUGUCUGCUGUCAAAGUUUUGAUGAAGUUCCUAGAACUGCUACCUAAAGACUCUGAUUACUAUACCAUGCUUCUAAAGAAGUUGGCACCUCCUUUGGUUACCCUGCUUUCCGGGGAGCCUGAAGUCCAAUAUGUGGCUUUAAGAAAUAUCAACCUUAUUGUCCAAAAAAGACCAGAGAUCCUGAAGCAAGAAAUUAAGGUGUUCUUUGUCAAAUACAAUGAUCCCAUUUAUGUGAAAUUGGAGAAAUUGGAUAUCAUGAUACGACUGGCAUCUCAGGCCAACAUUGCUCAGGUGUUAGCGGAACUGAAGGAAUACGCCACUGAAGUGGAUGUUGAUUUUGUUAGGAAAGCAGUUCGUGCCAUUGGAAGAUGUGCCAUCAAAGUCGAACAAUCUGCAGAGCGUUGUGUGAGCACCCUCCUCGACCUUAUUCAGACCAAGGUCAAUUAUGUGGUACAAGAAGCUAUUGUUGUCAUCCGGGACAUCUUCCGCAAAUACCCCAACAAGUACGAGAGCAUUAUUGCCACAUUAUGUGAGAAUUUGGAUUCCCUGGAUGAGCCUGAUGCCCGGGCAGCCAUGAUCUGGAUUGUAGGAGAGUAUGCAGAGCGCAUUGAUAAUGCUGAUGAGCUGCUGGAGAGCUUUUUGGAAGGAUUCCACGAUGAAAGCACUCAGGUGCAACUGACUCUUCUGACUGCCAUUGUUAAACUGUUCUUGAAGAAGCCAUCCGAGACCCAGGAGCUAGUACAGCAAGUCUUGAGCCUUGCGACACAGGAUUCUGAUAACCCUGACCUACGUGACAGAGGAUAUAUUUACUGGCGCUUGCUGUCUACUGACCCUGUCACUGCCAAGGAAGUAGCUUCAGAGAAGCCUUUGAUCUCUGAGAGACCGACUUGAUUGAGCCCACUUGUUGAUGAGUUGAUUUGCCAUGGUUCACUAGCUUCAGUUUACCACAAACCACCCAAUGCUUUUGUUGAAGGCAGCCAUGGCGUUCAUCGUAAGCACCUUCCCAUACAGCAUGGAAGCAUUGAUAUUGGAGACAGCCCAGUAGGACCUACUCCAACUGUCUCCCUUGAACAGCCUCAGGUCAUUCCCUCACAAGGAGACCUCCUUGGUGACCUUCUGAACCUUGACCUUGGACCACCAGGAAAUGUUCCACAAGUAUCAACAAUGCAGAUGGGAGCUGUGGAUCUGCUUGGCGGAGGGCUAGACAGUCUGCUGGGAAGUGAUCUUGGAGGUGGAAUCGGUGGAAGUCCAGCGGUUGGACAAACCUUUAUUCCUUCCUCUGUUCCUGCUACCUUUGCUCCAUCUCCUACUCCAGCUGUGGUCAGUAGUGGACUCAAUGAUCUUUUUGAACUUUCUACCGGAAUAGGCAUGGCACCAGGAGGAUAUGCUGCUCCAAAAACCGUUUGGCUGCCUGCUGUGAAAGCAAAGGGGCUGGAGAUCUCGGGCACAUUUUCCCAUAGACAGGGGCACAUUUACAUGGACAUGAAUUUCACCAACAAGGCCCUGCAACAUAUGACUGACUUUGCCAUCCAGUUUAACAAGAAUAGUUUUGGUGUCAUUCCUAGUGCACCACUGGCCAUACAUACACCCCUCAUGCCAAACCAAAGCAUUGACAUUUCCCUUCCUCUCAACACUCUGGGACCGGUUAUGAAAAUGGAGCCGCUUAACAAUCUGCAGGUGGCUGUGAAAAACAACAUUGAUGUCUUCUACUUCAGCUGUCUCAUCCCUCUGCAUGUACUGUUUGUGGAAGACGGCAAAAUGGAGAGGCAAGUCUUCCUGGCCACAUGGAAAGAUAUACCUAAUGAGAAUGAACUUCAGUUCCAGAUCAAAGAAUGCCAUCUAAAUGCAGACACCGUUUCCAGCAAGCUUCAGAAUAACAGUGUUUACACUAUUGCAAAGAGGAACGUGGAAGGCCAGGACAUGUUGUACCAGUCCCUGAAACUUACCAAUGGCAUCUGGAUCUUGGCAGAGCUGCGGAUCCAGCCUGGCAACCCUAAUUACACACUUUCCCUGAAGUGCCGCGCUCCAGAGGUGUGUAAUUAUGUGUACCAGGUAUAUGACUCCAUCCUGAAGAUCUAAAUGUGCCAGUACAGAAGCCAGCCUUUCAUGGAUGAAUACUAUUUCUCAUGUCAGUCUAUCCUCUUAUACUUAUACACUGUCUACUGGGUUUUACAUUCCAACUCUUAAAAGCUCUGCUGGCAAGGUCUCUCUAAUGGAGCAAACAGGCGAAUAGGGGGUUUUCUGGGCUCCUGAUAUUGAUCCUCGGGAGAGGUUAUCAGAAUCUGACAGAUGAGGGCCCAACACCUGGCACCCUCAUCCGUCAGCUGUACCCUGCUGCCUUCAUCUCUAGAACUAGCACUAUGAACAGAGCCAGAAACACAGUUCAGUUCAAAGUGUAGUGACCGUGCCGGGGUACUGCAUCUCAGCUCCCAUUAAAGUCAAUGGUAACCUUGCACAGUCAUUGCACAUUGUACAGAGCUGAGCUUUCAGCCCUGUUCAAAGUGCUAGUGGCAGCAGGGAACAGUUGAUUGGUGUGGGUGACAGACCCCCACAGAUGAGAUAUUGCUGACUUAUCCUGAGGAUAGGUCAAUAUUAGGAGCCCGGAGAAUGCCUU